CAAAUAACAUAACUACACUUUUACCCACUGAAACGACUUAUAAAUCAGUUUACGAGGAAUAUUUAACUAGUUUAGAAGUAGACAUUUUGAUUGGUCUCAAAACACUCAAAUUCCCUAUUCUAGCCAACAAGCCAGUCAAAG